AUGGAGCCUCGUGAACGUGUCUCGAAUUUCUCUAUAAAAGAUGAACCGAUUGAAAUUUGUGAAGAAAAAGAAUACAUUCGUGACAGCAUUGAUCGUGGAAAGGUCAUCGUCGUGGUAUCACCGACAGAGACAAAACCGCUUGCUUCCAGUGAACAUUUGAAGAAUAAGAUCAAUAAUAACAUGAGUUUCCUAGAUAUCUCUAUUGAAUCGACGCAAUCGUGUGGCAGUCAUGAGGUAGACAAGAUUUUUCCUCAGCAACAGCAUCGGACACAGGGAAAUCGAUCGCCGAGACGUAAAAGUACUAGUAUCCCGACGUUGUUAUGCAUUGAUAACAACAAACUUGUGGAUGCGACGUCGGCUACAGGAGUUAAACGCAAGAUCCCGAGACCGGCAAACGCUUUUAUGCUGUUCGCCAAUGAAUGGCGGAGGAAACUAGCUGCGGAGAAUCCUCGAGAAUCUAAUAAGGAUAUCAGUGUCAGGCUGGGCGUUUUCUGGAAAAACAUGUCAAAGGAUAUAAAGGAAAAAUAUUUUGCAUUGGCACGUGAAGUCGACAAGGAGCAUAAGAGAAAAUAUCCUGGUAUGUACUGUAAUCUGUAUAAUUCUUUUUAA